UUAAGGGCCCCAACCCAACGAGAGCCGUGUAUGGCUCGCCGACUCUGCCGUCUCUCUCGCCUCUUUCCCCUCGCCUCCGCCGCCCCGAAGCUCCCCCACCUCCCCGUCGCCGUAAACCCUAGCCCCGCGCCCGCGCCCGCGCUCCCCUCCUCCUACUCCGCAUCGCCGUCUCCCGCGCUCCCCCGCCUCUUCUCCUCCUCCGCGGGCGGGUCAAGCAUGGUCGUGGUGGGCUCCGCGGACUCCUUCGCCAGCAUCCUCUCCAAGGUCCAAGACGAGAAGCGACCGGCGGUGUUCUACUACACGGCGGUGUGGUGUGGACCGUGCAGGGCGAUCGCCCCUUUCAUAUCCAAGCUAAGCGACCGGUACCCGAGCAUACCAGUGUAUAAAGUUGACAUUGACAUGCAAGGGGUCGGAAGCAAGCUUGGUGAGCUAAAAGUUUACUCAGUGCCUACGUUCCAUUUCUAUCAUAAGGGAGAGAAGACCAGUGAAGUGGUGGGUGCUGACACCAAGAAACUUGAAGCAGCUAUGGAGAGUCUGCACAAGGGACCUGACAUUGUUUCGCUUCUGUGAUGCUCCUGAAACUGAAAUCAUACGUUGUUUCUGCAGGCAGCAGUAGAGGCUCCAGAGAAGACAGUGUUGAUCCGUUGUUUCAUGUGAAGGCAGUGCCUGUGAUUCGUGCUAAUGUGGUUUGACUAAUGAGUUUUGGAUCUUCAGCUUAGGCAAAAUUGUCCAGAACUCCAGGUGUUUCUCGUGUUUGGAUAGAGUGAUAUGCAGUGGAAAUAAAUAUUGUGUUCUUCCUAUGGGCUUUUAUUUAGUAGUGCGAAUUUCCGUGCAUAUGCAACUUGUGCGGAA